GUCAAUAACGGGUGAGACUAAAAGUAUUAGUGAAAGAAAAAGAAGAAAGAAGAAUAUCAAAGACUUUUAAGUCUUCCUCCUUUAGCAUUGAAAUCUUGGUUGAUGCUAUAAACAAAUUAAAGGAGCUAAGAAGCACAAAAAAAAAAGGGAAAUCUGUUUUGAGUACUUUCACUCUACAGAAAUAUUUAUGGCUUGGAUGUAUACACACACUCCUACAAUAUGCUUGUUUUUAGUCAUGUAUUACCUAAUAGUUAUAAUGCCUAUUCUUGGAGAAACACUAACUCACUCUCACUCUCAGGUGGAACCAAAAUCCAACUGCCACAGAUCUAGUAGCCCAGGUCUAGUAAUUGGACCGCAUAGGUUGGAAAGAGUUUCUAGAUUUGAACCUUGCUCCCCAAAUGCUAAUCGAACGGAAACUCCACCAUCUAGAAAACUUCUAAACAGGAAUCAAGCUAGAGUUCAUUCAAUCAAUAAGAAACAAAAUCGACAUAGCUAUAGUUACCGUCUUUCUGAUAAUGGGUAUGAUGCAAUUAAUUCUGAUUAUGGGCCAUUUACUGUAAAGAUAAGUCUUGGCACACCACCACAAGAUUAUAAUUUAAUUGUGGACACUGGUAGCCGUUGGACUUGGGUACGUUGCCAAUCUUGUACCGAAGGUUGUACAUCAAACGAUCCUCCAUAUGAUCCUUCCAAAUCCUCGUGCCAGGGUACAUUACGGAAUCCUUUUCAUGUCACUUAUGGUGAUAACUCCUUUAUAAGAGGCAUUUGGGGAUGUGAUACUCUCAAUAUAGAUGAUCUUGGUAACAUAGCGAACUUCCAAUUUGGUUGUGGCCAAGUAAACAUUGAUCACGAUGGCGAAAAUUUUGUUGAUGCAGCUGGAUUUCUUGGACUUGGCAAAGGAGACUUCUCUUUGGCAUCUCAAAGUGGUACAUCAAUGCAAAUGUUUAGCUAUUUUGUCCCAGAAAAUAGUGGUAACGGGGAUCUACAUUUUGGGGAUAAAGCCGGAGCAAAAUCUAACACUUGUUCGAACCAAUUUGUACCAUUGGUUCAAGGGGACGAUCAAGAAAAAUACUAUAUUGAUUUAGUUGAUAUAAGUGUAGAUGGAAACAAACUUAAUGUUCCAUGGACUGAAUCCACGUCUCGAGGGACAAUUAUAGACAGUGGAACUGUCAUCACUCGAUUGCCAGAAGAGGUAUACACUGUGUUUCGUGAUGCUUUUAGGCAGUUCAUGUCGAGUUAUACAUUGUUAGAACAAGACCCUUCAGAGCUCCUGGAUACUUGCUAUAGCUUAGUGGGUGUUGAACAAUUUUUGUUACCAGAGAUUAAAUUCCAUUUUGGGCAAGAAAGUACUAUUGAUGUGACUUUGUCAAAGAGGGGAGCAAUAUGGAAGAAUAGUGAUACAGUAAGUUGUUUGGCUUUUGCUGCAACAGAUAACAAUGGCAUUAUUGGUAUCGUUCAACAGCGUGGAUUCAAUGUGUUUUAUGAUUUGGAUGGGGGAAGAAUUGGAUUUGGCACUAAUUGUGCUGCUAGCUGAUUAGUUAGAGCGUUUCCAAUUGUUUGUUUUUCAUGUUAUUUGUCAAAUGUUUGUUUAUAUAAUAGCAACUUCUUGUUGAAGGGCUACUUUCUGCCAGAUGUUUGCAUCAAGUUAAUCAAUAAUUAUUAAUUACA